AAGCCUCUCUGUUUGCAUUGCUAACUAUCGGGAGCUGGCAUGCUUGCUGUAGUUUGGGGUGAUGCAGACUAGGUGGAGUAAAGCUGAGUCUGUGGGGUGAAUAGCACAGGGCUGAGAAAACACGCCUGAGAGCAGUCUGCAGAUGGGCGAGAUAAACAGAUCCCCCAGCUGCAACGGAGGAGGCAGGCCUCUUUAAUGGCUCUUAGCAACGCCCCUGCUCUGACCCUCCUCAUAUGUGAGGAAAAUCAAAUCAAUACACUGUUCUUCAAACCACGAUGCUGCAGCAGCAGCAGGGCAUUGUGGCAGCCUCUGUCUCUUAAAUCCAUUGACGCUUUUCAGGUUGCUGAUCUGGAUAUCCAUCCCCACAUCUCUGCUGAAGAAGAACCUGACUGCAUCUCAAAAGGAUUCCUGGAGCUCCCAUGUAUAACCUUCUUCUUACUGGCAAGCAUUAGAGAUGGCUAACAGAGGACCGAGCUAUGGCUUAAGCCGAGAAGUUCAGGAAAAGAUUGAACAGAAAUAUGACCCGGAAUUAGAGUCUAGGCUGGCGAACUGGAUUAUCGUGCAGUGCGAGGAACAGAUCGAACCCCCUCCUCCUGGAAGGCAGCAUUUCCAGACCUGGCUCAUGGAUGGAACGCUGUUAUGCAAGUUAAUAAACAGUUUACAUCCAAAGGGAAAUGAACCCAUUGCAAAGAUCUCUGAAUCAAAAAUGGCUUUCAAGCAGAUGGAACAAAUUUCUCAGUUCUUAAAAGCUGCUGAAAUCUACGGAGUAAGAACAACAGAUAUUUUCCAGACAGUGGAUUUAUGGGAAGGGAAGGACAUGGCGGCAGUGCAGAGAACCUUAAUGGCUCUAGGCAGUUUGGCAGUCACCAAGGAUGAUGGAUGCUACAAAGGGGAUCCAUCCUGGUUUCACAGGAAAGCACAGCAGAAUCGACGGGGGUUUUCAGAAGAGCAGCUUCGUCAGGGACAGAACGUAAUAGGCCUUCAGAUGGGCAGCAACAAAGGAGCCUCACAGUCGGGUAUGACGGGCUACGGGAUGCCAAGGCAGAUUAUCUAAAAGCACCUCUGUCUGUAGAGAAAACACUCCUGCAGCAUGGUCUGUUCAACAACAACAGAAAAAGAAAAAAAAAAAGCUCAUUAGUUCUCUUUCUGCCUGGUUUUAAUAGUUAGUGCUCUGAGGUGUGGGGUAUUUUUGGUUUGGUUUGUUUUAUUUGCAGCUACAAGAGUUCAUCUAGGAACUUGGGUUUUGUGGUGUUGUGUGUCAGUUCACAGCACGUGCGCACUGCUGCCUCCUACUUUUCACUUCUGAACUAUGCAAAGACAAUUAUUCUGUAUUAAUUUAUUUGCAAAGUGUUAUCUUCCAUAUUUGUCUCACACUUCUCUUGUAUCUCAACCAGUAACCUCGUUCUUCAAUUCAGUGAUGACAUUGUUUGAUCCAAGAAUAAAGACAUUAAAACACAUC